UACCAACCUUUCCACCCUUGGAUCUCAUAGAUAGGAGGUUUAUUAUAUUGUACAAAACAAAACAAAACCUUUCAUAUCGUUAUCUUAAUCAUAAACUUUCCCUAAGUAAAAUUUUAGGAGGUUUUAUAUUUAUUCGAUAAAUUAAUUUUUGGUGCAGUAUAACGAAACUGUAGUGUAUUAUUGUGCAUUACAUUUGAAGAAUGCAAAUUCGUUGAUUGUAAACAAAAACGAAGCGGCAAAUUCAACUGCAAUUAAAUAUGACAUUGAUAACAAACAAUGUUACUAAUUUGAAUAAAUAUGAAAGUUCCUUUUACUUCUUUUGUUGGAUCAGUGCUGUUUUUUAUUCUGCUUAUAAUGUGUUUUUAACCGGUGCUUAUUUUAAUAACUACCAUGAUUUGUACAAUGAUUUCGCACCAGGCUGGGCGUGGAUCGGUAGGAAAAAAGAUGUUUCUGAUCAAGAAUGGGGAAUAUUGAUACCAUUAUUAAUUAAAUUAAUACCAUGGAUAUUUUGCCAUCAUCUUAUUAGUUAUACCAUUAAAGCUGGAUCAAAUAGAAUGUUAUUAUGUGGCUGGUAUAUUUUUACAUCUGUUUCAUUUUUAUGGUUUCACAUUGGAGAAUUAGGCGCAUUGUGUAUAUUGAUUCAACCAAGCAUACUGUAUAUUUUAACAUACAAACGCAACAAAUCUACAGUAUGGUUGAUAAACGUAUUAUUCUUAUUGAUAAUACACUUCCUUAAAAUACCGGGUGGUAGUUUUCAAAGUAUAUUAAAACUCAAUGAUGAAAAGCAUUACAUUUUAACUCUUACGAUGUGUUGGAUUCAACUAAGAAGCAUUAGUUUCGCUAUAGAUAACAUACAAACGUGCUCAGAAAACAGAUGUAAUAAUAUAUCGCGUUUAUGGAAAAACUUUUUAUGGGGAUUAGCAUAUUGCUUAUAUUUGCCUACAUUAUGUUUAGGACCAUUGAUUUUAUAUCACGAAUUCAUUGAUUCUAUAAAAGGGCCGUUUCAGACCUGGAAAUUAGCAGAUCUAAAACAUUUUGCUUUAAAUAUAAUUAGAUAUAUUUUUUGGAUAUUUUUUGCCAAUUUUUCCUUACAUUUCUUCUAUUUUAAUGCAAUGCAGUAUCAUGUUAAGAUUGUUGAAUUCUUGAAUCCAUGGGCUCUAUAUGGAUUAGGAUAUUGUAUGGGACAAUUUUUUUUAAUUAAAUAUGUUGUGAUAUAUGGACUGAACCAUACUUUAUGUAUGAUAGAUCAUAUAAAAGCACCCUCUCAGCCUAAAUGUGUAGCAAGAAUUCAUUUAUAUUCCGAUAUGUGGAAGUAUUUUGAUAAAGGUUUAUAUAAAUUUCUCAUAAGAUAUAUUUACACACCGUUAUUAAAGUCAAAUUUCAAUAGAGUAUUCGCCUCAUUUUUGUGCUUUGCAUUUGUUUUUGCUUGGCAUGGAAUGCAAAGAAAUAUUUUUAUUUGGGCAUUCCUUAAUUUUAUAGGGUUAAAUAUUGAAAGUUUAGGAAAGUCAGCUGGGAGAAGUAAAUAUUAUUCCAACAUGCAAACAAAGUAUAUGUCGCCAGUAAAUGCCAGAAGAUUCAAUUGUAUAUUAGCGAGUCCUUUGCUAGCAAUGUCGGUAAUAUCUAAUUUUUACUUUUUUGCUGGUGAAGAAAUUGGACAUGCUUAUGUUUACAGAAUAUUACAUGAUAUGUGGCAUGCUACGCUUGUUUUACUUCUUUUUCUUUAUUGUUGCUGUCAAGUGUCGACAGAUAUAAAAAACUGGGAAUUGAAAGAAUAUUAGGAGACUCGGAACGCCAAAGGUAACGGAAAAAGAUAACUCGAAGA